CAACAACAAACAACAAACAACAACAAUAAACAGCAUAACAAUCUCCAAUAACAGAUAAACGAAUAAAUACAAAAAAAUCGCCAAGCAAAUCCAAAUAAAUAUAAAAAAACCGCAACAAAAAACUCGAAAACUGAAAACUGAAAAAAGAAAAUAAAACAAACCAUCACUUCAUCUCCUACUUGAACGACUCUCUGACUCGACACUCGAUUGAAACAAAAAAAAAAGUAACACCAGAGCUCAUAUCCAAUCCCCACACAUCCUGUGCUAAGAGUCCUGUCCCAAAAGCCUCAAGAAAUUACCAAAAAAACAAAAACAAACACAACAACAAAUCAUCAAAAAAAAAAACUAAUCCAAACGGGCCAAGAAAAGUAAUUAAACAAACGACAACAACAAAAAAGUGCACAAAAAACCUUUAACAAAAAAAAAAACCAAAAACUGAAUCAGCUGAGAUAUUUUUUAAUCAAGAUUUGUUGCCAAUAAAAUCUGUCAUCAUUGCCGCGUUAACAGAAACCACGGCGUCAGCAGCGAUUGCAGCGCUAAGUAUCAGCAGCAGCUCUCAAGCAUCGCUAGCCGUUAACGCCUCCACGACCACGCCCCUAGCGAACGCACCGCCGGUGGCAACUCCAUCAGCGACUGCGUCAGCGUCUCCAGCAGCAGCAGCAGCAGCAGCGGCAGCGGCAGUUGGAGUCCCUGCCACCACACCAGCAGCGGCAGCAGCAGCGGCAGCAGCAGUGUCGCCGCUAACGGUAAAGAGCGAAAUCGCCACAUCCGAUUCAGCAGCCGAGUCCGAGUCCUCCCCUAUACAAGAUUUAAUCAUGCGCGGAAGCGACGAACUUUUGAGUCAAGCAGCAGUCAUGGCGCCCGCUUCCGACAAUAACAAUCAGGACCUGGCCACAAAGAAGGCCAAGCUGGAACCGAGCACCGUGCUGGCCGGCGGAAUUGCCAAGGCCUCGAAAGUCAUCCACUUGCGGAACAUUCCAAACGAGUCCGGCGAAUCGGAUGUGAUCGCUCUGGGCGUGCCGUUCGGUCGCGUCACAAACGUCCUCGUGCUGAAGGGCAAGAACCAGGCGUUCAUCGAGAUGGCCGACGAGAUGGCCGCCACAUCGAUGGUGUCCUGCUACACAGUGAAUCCGCCACAGAUGCGUGGCCGCAUGGUCUACGUCCAGUUCUCCAAUCAUCGCGAGCUCAAAACGGAUCAGAGUCACAAUAACUCGGUGGGGCAGAGCGACUACCGCAUCCAGUCGCCGGCCGGCGGCUCUCCGCUGCCCCUGUGCGCGGCCAAUGCCACCAGCAACAAUGCCAACAACUCCGGCGACAGCAACAGCAGUGCCGUGGGCAUUUUGCAGAACAACACCAGUGCGGUGAAUGCCGGGAACAACACGAACGCGGCCAAUGCCGCCGGCGGACCCAACACCGUGCUCCGGGUGAUUGUCGAGUCGCUGAUGUAUCCGGUCUCGCUGGACAUAUUGCAUCAGAUAUUCCAGCGGUACGGCAAGGUGCUGAAGAUCGUCACCUUCACCAAAAACAAUUCAUUCCAGGCCCUCAUCCAAUAUCCGGACGCCAACUCCGCCCAGCACGCCAAGUCCCUGCUGGACGGACAGAACAUCUACAACGGGUGCUGCACGCUCCGCAUCGACAACAGCAAGCUGACGGCCCUCAACGUGAAGUACAACAACGACAAGUCGCGCGACUUCACGAAUCCGGCGCUGCCGCCGGGCGAGCCGGGCGUCGACCUGAUGCCCACCGCUGGCGGCCUGAUGAACACCAACGAUCUGCUGCUGAUCGCCGCCCGCCAGCGGCCCUCCCUAACAGGUGAUAAAAUAGUCAAUGGAUUGGGUGCUCCCGGUGUCCUGCCACCGUUCGCCCUGGGCCUGGGCACACAGCUGACCGGCGGCUACAGCAACGCCCUGCCCAAUCUGGCCGCCUUCUCGCUGGCCAACAGCGGGGCCCUGCAGACCACCGCGCCGGCCAUGCGCGGCUACUCGAAUGUAUUGCUCGUCUCGAAUUUAAAUGAGGAGAUGGUCACGCCUGAUGCUCUCUUUACCCUCUUUGGUGUAUACGGCGAUGUGCAACGUGUAAAGAUCUUGUACAACAAAAAGGACUCGGCACUCAUACAGAUGGCGGAGCCCCAGCAAGCAUACUUAGCCAUGUCUCACCUUGAUAAAUUACGUUUAUGGGGCAGGCCGAUACGUGUCAUGGCCAGCAAACACCAGGCCGUGCAGCUGCCGAAGGAGGGACAGCCGGACGCGGGCCUGACACGUGACUACUCGCAGAAUCCGCUGCACCGCUUCAAGAAGCCCGGCAGCAAGAACUACCAGAACAUCUAUCCGCCAUCGGCGACACUGCAUUUAAGUAACAUUCCCUCAUCCUGCUCCGAGGAUGACAUCAAAGAAGCCUUCACCUCAAACAGUUUCGAAGUCAAAGCAUUCAAGUUUUUCCCCAAGGACCGCAAAAUGGCGCUGCUGCAGCUGUCGUCCGUGGAGGAGGCCGUCCUGGCACUAAUCAAAAUGCACAACCACCAGCUGUCCGAGUCCAACCAUUUGCGCGUGAGCUUCUCCAAGUCGAACAUCUAGAAUCCGAUUCGAGGUCAGGUUUACUGAACCUGACUGGGUGCCGGCAGCAGCUAUGUGCACCACCAACACCACCAACACCACCACCACCACCAC